UUAGACUUCCAAAGACCACCAAUUCUUAGUCACUGUUUUCUUGGGUUUUCAGGCCAAAUGAAAAAGGAAUUGGUGUAUUAGAAAUCUGAGUUCUGCUGAUCUGAGGAACCAACACUUACAGAGUUAAUAGUCCCUUUUUAAAAAUAGCCCCAGCCCCCAGUCUGAAGUAUUUGUUCAGUUAGGUUUGUAUGUAGGUUUCUGAAUCAAAUGUGAGGCCUCACAGCUUCUUUGUUCAGUUUCCAACUCAGGAUUUUAGAGCGCUUAACAGAGCUUUCCUUUUUAGUAGGAAGGUCUAAAGCAACCAUUCCUCCCAACCCUCCAUAUGCUUCCAUUUUAGAUGUCUGUAUCCUAGAAGGGAAUUGGCUUUAUGAACAUCUUGUGUGAAAGGCGUUUUAUCAGAUAGCAUAUGAAAUUAAAUAUGUGUAUAGAACCAUAGAUAUGACUAUAUUAUAAAAUACUUAGAGUACAUGUACAUGUUGCUUUAUGAAAGUAGAUAAGACAUGUUUCCUUGCCCCAGAGAAGAGAUCAAGUAUUGUUUACCAAAAACUUUGUGCAGUCUUUAGAGCUGAAUAAACAAAUGUUUUAAUGGCCAUUCUAAAAAGCUGAUUUAUUUCCAUUUGUUGAGAAGUACAACUAUCCAUUUAAAGGAAGCUAAUUACACAAACCUUUCUCUUAGUAGGGGGAAUUACAGGAAGCCUGCUUGAGAUAAAAAAUGGGCAAGAGAAUCCUUGAAACUAGAGAUGGAAAAAAGACCUGCUGUAUCAGGGCAUCUGGUACAUUUCUCAGUCAGUGCCUAGACACUCACAAAGAGAGUUAAGGUUUACAUAGGUGCUAGCAGGAAUCUGGGGAGUGAAAUAUACAGCAUUAAAAAUCAUGUGACUUCUACAAUAGCCAAUCCACGGUUGUUUCCCUAAUGUCCAGAAGCACUUUUUUGUUAUGCUCUUAGAAUAGCAGGAUCUCCUGAUUGAUUGGCUGUUGAGGAAGCUAUUGUUUCUCCUGCUGGAUUUCUGCAGAAUAAUAAGUUGGUGAGGAAGGAAGAGAGAUGAUACUUUUUUGUACAUAUAAGUUUAAACAGAAGAUAUUGACUAUGGCCAGGGGAAAGGAAUUAAACUAUUGAUGAUAAACUAAUACUGUCACUAUCAGCAGAUCUCCUCUGUAUAAUAGUGUGAUGUGGGUCUCAGAAUACCCCUAUCUUUGCUGCUUGAUACUUUCUUUUGUUCCACUUUUAUGGCUUAUGCUUAACCAUACAGCUUUGCCCAGCAGUAUGUGUUAAGUUAUACCAUCUAUUUUAAAUGGCAAUACUGUUAACGUGAAGAAAGUGGGGAGGGAGAGGCUUCUAGCAUCCAGACUGGAUGAUUCUAAACCCAGCCCCGCGGGCUCAUGUCGUUUCAGUUUAAUGUACAGUUGUGGGUUUAAUCCAGUCUCUGAUUCCUGUAAAUCCCCAGGCUUAGUGUUUUUGGAGUCCUGAGGGAAGGGCUUGGAGAAAUAAUAAGAAGGCAAGUAAUUAAACGGGGUCACUGGAUAUGAUGCGUAUAUGAACUGAUGGAGCAGAGAGGAGUUGCAUUGUUUGACAGAUUAGCUGUUAUUAGAUAAUUCUCCUCAGGGGAUUUAUAGUGCAGAUGGUCAUUACUUCCUUUAUUCACUUAAUAUGCAUUCUGGAUGAGUUCAAGGAGGUAGGAGUGGUUUGGGGCUGACGCCCCAGACUCCCCAUAGAGAAGAGUUAGAGAACUCUGAGGCCCAUCAGUGAAGCUAGUAAGAGGGGCUUUGCAGCACUGUCCUGAGAUUUGAGAAGAAGUCCAGGUGUAAAUCCGUGACAUUCAUCCCUCAGCAGAGAGAGGGGGAUUCAGUAAUUGAUGCCCAGUCUCAGUUGGGCCAGUCCCUUCCUUCGCCCUUCCUCAGAACACUUGGGCUGAGGGUAGGGUUGGCAUGAUCCAGGAUCCAGUCAUUUCCCCUUUCUUCCAUUGCAGGCAUCUUUAAAUUCUGAGCAGCCAAACCCUACUGUAUCCUUAAUCCCUCCUGUGCAGUAGCUGCUGCCAUGGCAACUCGCCAUGUAUGUUUGUAUGUCAGUAUUUAAGCAGGUCUCAGCCAAGAGGAGGGGCAGGCUCUCAUCCAUGGGUAAUAGUCCGGUAUUUGCGUCUUGGUGAGUGUAAUGGGGUCAGUAGGACAGAAGAUAAGAGAAAUGUAAGGCUUCUUACUUAGAGGAGGUGAGUUUUGUGUAGCCAUGGAGAAGUAUGGCUUAUAUAGCACUGAAAUCCAUCUCUCUCCCUGGGAACUUCACCUAGGAAGGUGAGUCUAUCGUGACAUGGUUUUUGCCCCAAAGGGGGUAGCCCUCACCACAUGUUCCCUUUCCAUGAACUUUAUCUGAAUUUACAGUAGUAUCAACAUUAAACAAUGGAAUUAUAUUUUCAAUGUUCAUUCACUUCUGGGGUGCAGGUUGGCUGUUCAAUUCACUCCACUCCUUUGUAAAAUCUUGGGGAAAUAAACCCCUGCCGCCUUGAUCUAGGUUGUGGUAAGUUCUUUGAAAGGAGAGAGCUAAUUGGGCUGUUUCCAUUGAAAUAGACUGUGCUGAAAUGUGUAUUUACCUCACAUACUUUUGAAGGAAGAGUGGAAUAAAUGGUGAGUGCAGAUAAAACUUGUUUGCUCUGGCCUUUCCCUCAUCCAUGGUAAAUGUGAAGUGGGGGUGGGGUCCUUUGGAGAACAAGAUGAAAAUCACAGCAAAGAGGAAAACCCUGUGCAGGCUCCUUGUGUGUAGGAGCCCCUGCAUGUUUGGAAUGUGAGGAGGAGGAGAAAAAGUUUGUUAGACAGCACUGUUCGUCUCCUGGCCUUUCUGUACCAGUGCUGUAUUUUUUCCCUUGUCACAGAUUCUGGAACUUGCAUGCAUGCUGAGCAUUUCUUGUGAUCUUGGUGGUGAAAAUGAUUUCCACUUUGGUCUGAUUAAGUGUUUUUAAAGGGACACUGUUGAUUUAAAUCACACUUCUGUUGAAAAUUUGCACCUGUUGUUAUUGCUAGCAACUCCUAAUAUUCCUGUCUGUGACAGAGAGGAAAGGUUUCGGCUAUUUUUCCAGAUUUUUCUUUGUGAAUUUUGACACUUUCCCUGUAUAUAGUCAAUUUCCCCUUUUCGUCUGGGUAUUUCACAUAGCAACAGAAGAGAGAGAGAAGCAUUGUAAAACAUAGGACAGCAUGAUUAUAAAACCACAAAAACUGGCAGGGGAUCACAGGAGGGGAAAAGGGGUAGGUGUAGUGCCUGGAAUUACUUUUAACUCUUUUUAAAACUAAUAAGAUUGUAAUUUACUAGUGUCCCUUUAAUAUACAGUUGCAAAAAAUCAAUCUAUACCUGAAUCUUGUAACAGAUCUGUGAUAAAGAAUUUGUCUCCAAUACGUUUCUAUUAAAUGAAUUUCCUCCUGAAAGAUUCUCUCAGGCUGGCACUAAAUGUGGUUCCAAAUGUUGUCCCUCCCUCCCAUUUUCUCUUUUCCCUCUCAGCAUAAUAUAUAACCUCCUAUCCAACCUUGGGUUAAUGCAGCAAAGUCCUUACUGACUCACUCCACAUCACUUGUGGCACUAGUAGGGUGGGCAUGCUUUGGAGAUACUAAACUGCUGUCUACCUUAGUUUUGACUUAAAACAUUAGUGUUUAACCAUUUUGCUUAAAUAUUGAACCAUAAAAUAUUUCUGGUGUUGGACUUGACACAGAAGUCAGGUGUAAGCUCAGUUCUGAUCUCUGGCUCUGGGUUCCUGUUGCUGCCAGUUUCCCUCAUUAGCAAUCCAGGUGCAGCCAAGAAACACAAGAAUGCCAGUUUUUAGUCAACAGCUUUCAGAUAUAAUUUGCAAUAUGGAAGAGGACUUCUCACCCUAUGAAUAUUCCGAAAGCUGUGCCAGACAAAAUGGGCAUGCAGUCUUCAAGACUGCAAAAAUCCCUCUUGCCCCCAUGGUACUGGUGGUUUGGCUUCUGAGUUCUGCUGGAUGUAAAAAUUGUUGAAGUACUGCGCACUGUAUAAAGCAUCUAUUGAACUUCUGCAGAGCCUGUUUCUCAAGCUGGCGCUGGAACUGUUGUUUCAUUGCAGGGAUGUAUAUCUAUAAAGGAACGUUCUUUCCCUUUUUCUGUCUUUGCCUGCUCCCUCGCUGGACAGUGUGGGAUGGAAAGGGUGUUCCUGAGAUGGGUGUUGGUCUCUAACUGGACUGUAUGAGAUAGAAAAGAUGUUCCCUCCCUUUCCUCUCCUCUGUUCCCAGGCUGGACGGCGUGAGAAGGAAAGGGUUUUCUGGCAGAGUGAGUGUUUGCAUAUACAUCUGCUUGCUCAGUAGCCCAGAACUGAUCUAGCUGCAGUUACUGCAGUGCAGAAUUGAAGCUAUGAGUUAUCUCCCUCCUCCUCUUCUCCGCCAUCCCUCCUCCUCCUCCCAGCCUCGCAUUCAGGCUGGCUCUUGGGAUAACUGUGCAUGGCCAGCCGGCUGCAAUUCUGAUAAUAGUGCAUUAGUUCCUAGCAGCCUGAGACUGCAGGGUGUUCGUUUGGGAGUUGAGCUUCGAUGGCAACCUUGGCUAGAGAGGAGCAGGGGCUGCUUGUAGGCAGAGGUUGCUUUUGUCUCGCACAAAGCUGCUUUUGCAGAGGGUUGCUGAAGUGUGACACAAUGCCUGUUUGUUUGCAAUAGCUGGGAACCUCGUAGCCGAGUUGCAAGUGGGAAAGACAGAGAGGGAAGCCGGAGACAAACCAGCGGGGGAAUUAGGAGCUGUGACGUCGUGUCCUCCCUCCUGUGCCGAAGCGAGCAAGGGAAGGGGAGGUAGAGGAAAAAAGAGAGAGACUGAGACUUACGACCGACCGCCAUCCUGAUGAUGUGUCAGUCAAACACCCUGCAGGGACCAGAUCUGCACACAGGGAAAUGGUUGCAAUUCCCCCAGCUGGCCCUGAGGCGGAGGUUGGGCCAGCUGAGCUGUAUGUCUAGGCCUGCUCUGAAACUCCGUUCUUGGCCUCUGACUAUUCUCUAUUAUCUUCUGCCUUUCGGUGCUCUUAAACCCUUGACCAGAGUGGGAUGGAGGCCUAUGAGCAGGGUUUCUCUGUACAAAUCGGUACCAACACGACUGCUUUCACGAGCCUGGGGUCGAUUGAACCAGGUCGAGCUGCCCACCUGGCUCCGGAAGCCUGUCUACAGCCUGUAUAUCUGGACAUUUGGAGUGAACAUGAAGGAAGCAGCUGUCGAAGAUCUUCAUCACUAUAGAAACCUCAGCGAGUUCUUCCGCAGGAAGCUGAAGCCCCAGUCCCGGCCAGUCUGCUGCUAUCACAGUGUGAUCAGUCCCUCAGAUGGAAAGAUUCUGAACUUUGGACAAGUGAAAAACUGCGAAGUGGAACAGGUGAAGGGUGUCACCUACUCGCUGGAGUCCUUCCUGGGGCCGUGCACCAGCACAGAAGACAUGCAGUUUAGCCAAACCUCAUCCUGCAGCUCAUUGCAGAACCAGCUAGUCACAAAGGAGGGGAACGAGCUCUAUCACUGUGUCAUCUACCUGGCGCCUGGGGACUAUCACUGCUUCCACUCACCCACCGACUGGAGAGUGUCGCACAGACGCCACUUCCCAGGCUCCCUGAUGUCUGUGAAUCCUGGUGUUGCCCGCUGGAUCAAGGAACUCUUCUGCCAUAAUGAGCGGGUUGUACUUAGUGGUGAUUGGAAACAUGGCUUUUUCUCCCUAACAGCGGUAGGAGCUACAAAUGUUGGCUCCAUCCGCAUCUACUUCGACCGGGAUUUGCGUACUAACAGCCCCUGUUACUCCAAAGGCUCUUACAAUGACUUCAGCUUCAUAACCAACAAUAACAAGGAGGGCAUCCCCAUGAGGAAAGGAGAACAUUUAGGGGAGUUUAACCUGGGCUCGACCAUUGUUCUGAUCUUCGAGGCACCCAAGGACUUCAACUUCCAUCUCAAACCUGGACAGAAAAUCCGCUUUGGAGAGGCUCUGGGGUCCCUUUAGAAACUACAAGAGGAUUUUAUAUACAAAGGAACUCAAACUUCCAAGAAAAAUGGUUCAGUAAUGGAAAAUAUCACUCAGCAGGACCUGGGUGAGGAAAAUAUUCAACAACACUACUGUGUAAAACUGGGGUAGGAGUAUGUGCCCUAUAUCACAUACCCAUGCUGAGAGCAGUAAAAUAAUCAGAUGAUCCAUAUACAUAUCAGGUACAGAUGCCUUUAAGAAUGUUGACCAGGGUGGUUUCUAUCCUAUCCUGUGCCUACAGUCUUUCGCACUCUCCCCUUCAAUGUGUUGCAAACUAGUUACAUUCAUACAGAGCCGGUAGGUCCCUAUCGGGGAGGGGUGAAGGCAGAGAGAUUAGCUACCUUUAAAGGGACACUGAUAGGUUGACCUAGACCCAAGGUUUCAGUUCUGUAAAAUGUGGUUUUCAAACUUGCAGUCCUCAGAAGUGUCUAAUGCAAACAUGACAUCAAAGUAUAGAAGCCAAAUUGCCUAGUCUUACUUUCAUUGUCCAACCUAGGUGAAAUGCACAAUGUAAAUUAAUGACAUCAGUGCUGAAACCAGUAAAUUAGACUCAAAUUCUGUUUAAUAACAUACUGGUAACAGGUAUGGAAACUAAUUUUUAAAUGCCUUUUAACCUGUUAUUGUCCCUUUAAAACUGGACUUUGCACUGUAUUUUAAACCUGAAAACACUGUGUCUACAUUCCAUGUGGUUGAACUUGUCAUCUUUUUGAAAAAAGUGUAUUUUUUUAGCUUGCAGCAGUCAAACUGUUGCAUAUUCUUCUCCCAAUCCAUAGUUUUAUUUUUGCCAUUCCAGGCCUUAAGGAUUUUUUGUCUGAGUGGUAAUUACUCUCCUCAGUCACCCAAAAACUACUGAGAGAUUAAUCUUGUGACAUAACAGUAACAAGUGGUUAAGGAGUCUGCUCCCUUCUCAUUGCAUAGGGGAGUUUCCAUCAAUACAGAACUCCUUCUCCAUUGCAGUGGGGAUGCAGCCAAAGUAUGUUUCCCCUUCUGCUGUACAGAUGCUGCUGCUUAUUGUGUUGUGUCAUAACCUUCAGCGGCUGACAUUGAGGUCUUGAUGUGGGAAUUUCUCCCUGUACAAAACAAUUUAGUGCACGGAGUGAAAUGCCAUGGGCACUGACUGUGUAUUAAAAACCAUUAUGGACCUUUGGGGCAAUCCAAGCUUGCUCCCCAUGUGCACUAACUUGCUUUUCUAUCCUUCAGUGGACUUGCAAAUAUUUGUUUAACUUACAAAAAAAAAAAA